AAUCACAGAAGCGGCAGUGCUGCGACUUCUUGGGCAGCCGUCGAGACCUCCCCCCCGCCCGCGCUCCGGUUUAAGGGCGCCGGACUCGAGGCCUUGCCGAGCCCUACCCCCAUCCCCACGCGGGGGCCCGGAGGCCUAAGGCCCCGCCCACGUGGCGAGCAGCCCGGAGCGCGGGACCCGACGGCCGCCAUACAAUGGAGACCACGGCAGGCCCCGCGCGCCCCGGCCGCCGCAUGCACCCCGCGCGCCGGGGGCGCCGGAAGAUUCCAGAACCGGCCUUCCCAGUGGGGGGAGGGGAGGAGAACUCGGGCCCUCGAGCUCGUCGGGCCCCGGAAGGCGCUGGGCGUGACAUGCGGGCCAAACUAGCGCCGAAGGGUCCGAAGCGGAGGAAGGGGAAACUGAGGCCCAAGGAAUUUGUGUGCUUUUCCUAAGUCACAAAGCUGAGUCCGACCCACGCUCUGGGACUCCCACUUUAUCGCUCGGAAGAAUCUUCCCGGUUCUUGUCUUCUCAAUGCGUCCUCCAGUCUUCCUAGUAAGCACACAGCCCCAAGACCACUCUUGACGCCUUCAGCCGUGCUAUGCAUGCCAGAGGUCCCCCUGGCCCACUGUCCCCGGCGCUGCCUCUUGCCUCCUCUGUCCUGAUGCUGCUGCUGAGCUGCCUGUGGCUGGUGGGGGCUGGCCCCAGCCUUGCCCUGGCCCCAGAGCUGCUGCUGGACCCUUGGCAGGCACACCGUCUGCUGACCCACGUCCUGGGCCACACGGCCCUACCUGGCCUCCUCCUGAGCCUGCUGCUCCUGCCCACACUGGGCUGGUGGCAGGAGUGCCACCUGGGCACGCUGCGGUUCCUGCAUGCCUCUGCCCUGCUCGCCCUGGCUGCUGGGCUAAUGGGUGUGCUGCUGGCAGGCCUCGGGGUACCCAGCGCAGCUGGUGGCUGUGGCUACAUGCCUGUCCACCUGGCCAUGCUGGCGGGGCAGGGUUACCACCCUAGACAGCCCCAGGGGGUACUGCCUCCGUGGCUGCUGCCGUGGCUGCUGCUUGCCUUGACACCAGUGCUCAGCUCCGAGCCACCCUUCCUGCAGCUAUUGUGCGGCCUCCUUGCUGGCCUCGCCUAUGCAGCCGGGGCCUUCCGGUGGCUGGAGCUCUCUGAGCGGCGGCUGCAAGCACUGCAGGAGGGCAUCUUGUGCAGGGCCCUGGCAGAGUGCUGGCCGGUCAGACUCCUUCCUACCCCAGGCAGCCUGGCCGAGCUGCCGGUCACCCAUCCUGCCGGAGUCAGGCCUCCCGCCCCCGGACCUCUUUACACAGCCUCCCCUAGACUCUGGUCCCGCAGCGAAGGCUCAGCCCACCUCCCGCCAGGCCUAGGGCCUGUGCAGCUGACCUGGGAGGGCUCCUCUGAGGUGGGCCUGGCCUGGACCGGGCCCGUCUUCCCCCCAGGGACCCCACUGUGGGCAGCCCUGGAUGAGCAGAUGCUGCAGGAGGGGAUCCAGGCCUCACUCCUUGAGGGGCCAGCCCAGUGUCCUGAGAGCCCGCUACGGCUGCCUAAGUCCUCUGUCUCCUCUCUGCGGCCUGGAAACCGCAUUACUCACAAUGCCCGGAGGCCCAGUCUGACCACAGAGGUGGGGGCCCAGGUUUCUAGGGCUCCCUUUCACCUGUGGAGGAGGAACCAGCCAUUGAGGUAUGGGUGGCCUUGUUCUCUCACGUCCUCACCUGCCUGGGGCAGGCACCUUCUCCAGCCUCAUGACUGGGUCCAGGCAGCUCCACCCCUGGAGGGCCUGGGGAAGGCUGGUGGGUGGGGGCUGGGCUGUCUGUCCGUCUGUCUGUCUCUACUCACCAUAGAGCCCAAUCAUUGUUUCCAAGAUUAAAACCCUCUCAGCUAAAAUCUUC